AUGUCUUCCUUUCAUGGUGAAAAUAUUUUGCCAUUGCUUUUUUUCAUAAAUUCUUUCUUUCUUGAUGAAAAUAUUUCUUUCUUUUCUAUUUAUCUUAAUUUCUUCCUUUCAUUUUUUCCUUUUCAUUUUUUUUUUAAAUUUCUUCCUUUCUUUGGGAAAUAUUUUUCCUUUUCUUUCUUUGUUAUUGUUUGUCUCUUAAUCUAUUCCUUGUUUCAUAUUUUUAAUCACACCUGUCUUUUUCUUUACCUGUUUAAUCAUUCCUUCCAGUGUUUUUUUUUUCUUUUAUCCUUAAUUUCUAUUUUCUUAUUUCUAUUUCCUCCAUUCUUUUUUACUUUAUCUAUUUCAUUUAUAAUUUCAUUCUGUCUUUCCUUCUUUAAUUCUUUGUUACGUUAUUAUUUACUAUCUUUGUCUAAGUUCUUCCUUUAUUUACGUUCAUUUCUUUUUCUUUCUUUCUUUCUUUCUUUCUUUCUUUCUUUCUUUCUUUCUUUCUUUGAAAUCUUUCAUCCAACAUUUCUCUCUCUCUCUCUCUCUCUCUCUCUCUCUCUCUCUCUCUCUAUCUAUCUAUCUAUCUAUCUAUUUAUCUAUCUAAACUAUCUUAUAAUUCUGUCAGUUUUCGAUCCAUAUUCAAUAAUUGAACCCAUAUAUCUAUCUAUCUAUCUAUCUAUCUAUCUAUCUAUCUAUCUAUCCUUUGUUCAUUUCUCUUACAUAUUAUUCCACACAACCAGCACUGAUGGAUUUCGUUUCCUUCUUUCUUUCUGCCCACCCUCCCGUUUUUUUUUUCUUUCAUUAAGUGAUCGAUUCAUUAAAUUAAGCAAUCAAUUCAAAAUGUCCAUUCAUCUAACAACUCCGUUGGUCCAUAAUUUUCUCUUUUAUCUCUGGCGAUCAUGUUUCUUCCAUUCAAACAAUUCCUCAUUUGCCGAUUCGUAUUACUUGAUUCACUCCCUUCAUUGCUUUUUAUUUUCGUUCAUUUAUUUCCCACCUUUUAACCUCUUCUUUUUACACGAUAAUUUUUUCGCUUGUUUCAAUCUCAAUUCUUCUUCUUUCUCUUUGAUCAUUCAACCGUCCAUUUCCACAUCCACCCCUACACAUUACUUCUCUGCCUCUUUCUUUUAUUUCUUUCUGGUUCUCUUUCUUAUUUUCGUUCCAAGCGAUUCACAGAUCGAUAAACCGAUAUGA